AGAUCCACCACCUAAACAGAAAAACCGGUUGGUCUGGCAAAACCACCCGGCCAGAGCUGACAGGUCGUUAUUAUGCUUCCCGGCACAAGCAGAAAGGUGAGUCGGAGGACUGAAGGGUUGAUGCGAGCCGCUCCUGCUGGGACUGGUAAAGUGUGGAGCAGAACAGCUGGUCGGGGUAAACACAUCCAUGUCCCGGGAUGGAGGGCUGCUGCCGCUCCUGUCUGCCGUGCUGCGGCCGGCUCUGGAACUGGGUCUGGCCGGACCUGCGCUAUCCCAGCCCGAGUCGUGUCAUCUCCAACCCGGCGGUGGUGUCGGAGCUCCCCACCGUGUCCGGGGCGGUGCGGGUCCCGGAGCCCGGCCGCCGGCCGCCGCAGCUGUACGCGGCGGUCUUUGACUUCCAGGCCCGCAGCGACGACGAGCUGACGGUGAAGGAGGGAGACAAGCUGUCGGUGCUGGAGAAGAGGGGGGAGUUCGUGCUGGCCAAGAAGCUGACCGGCUCCCUGGAGUCCGGACUGGUCCCCGUCAACUACGUGGCUCUGCUGCAGGACGAGUUCGCCAAACACAAAUGGUACUAUGGGAACAUAAAUCGUGUGAAAGCGGAGAAGCUGCUGCUUGCUUCACAAAACAAAGACGGCUCAUUCUUGGUUCGCAUUAGUGAGAGUCACAGUGACGAGUAUACAAUCUCUGUCAGAAGUGAGGGGAAAGUGUACCACUUCAGGAUCCAGCGCUCUGCAAUCGGAGCAUACUUUGUCUCAGAUAAGAUCUCCUUUUCUACAUUGGGGGAGCUGAUCUCCUUCUACCAGAAAACCCCUCGAAGCUUGGGAGUCCAGUUGGUGGAGCCCUGCGCCCAGCAGCGUGAGCUAUUUGACAUGGAGCCAUGGGAGAGGCCACGUGAGGAAUUCAAACUCCACAAAAAGCUGGGAGGAGGACAUUUUGGAGAAGUGUGGGAGGCUGUCUGGACGAAAGAGAACAAGAAAGUGGCCAUAAAGAUGUUGAAGCAAGAGGAUACAAAGCAGGACGAAUUUGUGAAGGAAGUUCAGGCACUAAAGAGCCUCCAUCACCCCAAGUUGAUCACGCUUUUGGCCAUGUGCUCCAGAGGUGAACCUGUUUACAUUGUGAUGGAACUCAUGAUCAAAGGAAGCCUCAAGUCCUACCUUACCUCUAAUGAAGGCCACGGGCUGACGUCAGCUCAUCUCAUCUACAUGGGCAGUCAGAUUGCAGAUGGCAUGGCCUACUUGGAGGACAGAAACAUUGUUCACAGAGACCUGGCUGCAAGGAAUAUUCUAGUGGGAGAGGAUCUGGCCUGCAAGGUGGCUGAUUUUGGACUGGCACGGAUUAUUAAGGACAGUGUAUAUACAGCCAGUCGGACUACAAAAAUCCCAGUGCGGUGGACGGCUCCUGAGGCAGCCAUUUACCAGCGCUUCUCUGUCAAAUCAGACGUUUGGUCAUUUGGGGUUCUGCUUUAUGAGAUGAUGUCACGUGGCAAAAUGCCUUAUGAAGGGAAAAACAAUAAGGAAGUGCUGACUAUUUUAACAUCUGGGUUUCGCCUGCCACGUCCAACUCGAUGCCCUCAUAAUAUUUAUUGUAUUAUGAUGGACUGCUGGGCUGCUGAACCCUCCAAAAGACCUACAUUCCACGCCUUGCACAGCCAGCUUGAUGAAUUAUAUGCCAGGUUAUAUUUCAAGACCAUAGAGGCAUAGAAGAUGGAGACAUGGAUGAAGUGUGCAAUGAUCUUCCACUGCUGAUUUAAAGACUACAAAAACAAAGGUGGAGGGAAAGAGUUACGAAAAAUGAAGAAAUAUCCAUUCCCAAAUGAUCCACUUCCAUGAAGAUUAUCAUGGACGUGUGUACAGUGUGUUAUAUGUAUAAUUAUUUUUUUAAACACCUAAGAUGUGAAGGUUAGAGGAAACAUGAAGAACAAUAAGACUACCUUAGAUUAAAUGUCCAAGAUGGCGAGGGAUAGAGAAGUGUGCCAAGUUAUAUAGGCUAAUUAGAAAGCACAAAUCGAAAAGAAAGUAAGAUGACCAACUGAAAUUGGCCUAAGAAAACUUUACAAGUACACUUCUUUUAAUAUGGGUGUGAGUGUGAGACUUACCUUUGUAAUGCCAUGUUUGCAUAUACUGAAUAGACUUUCAAUCAUAAUGAAAUCACAUGACAGGAGAGUUGAUCCUUGGCUGCAAAACCAUCUGAAAAAAAGCUUUUGUGCAAUCAUUAAACUCUUCCUGGAUUUUUUAAUUUCCAUUUUUUAAACUGUGCUUGUAGCUUAUGUCUAAAUAUGGAGACUCUAAAUGGUAUUUCUUGCCUGGAGAGCAACAUCUUCAUUACUGGACAUUCUGUCACUGUUUAACUUUUAAGAAAUUGCUUUGGUACUUGCAUGAUUUUUCAUCUGAUGUCUCCAUUUCAUCAAACAUUCCUCUUUAAGAGUCUUAUUGUGAGGUAAUUGUCAUUAAAUUCCUAUCAACCCUGGCUAUACAUUCAAAGAAGAUCCAGUUUUAUUAUAAGUAGGUUAACAGCAUCAAAAAGAUACAUUCUAUCCUUUUAAAUGAUUACGCCCCAUUCUAAGAUGGUAUACUGAUUGGCUCUUAUGCAGAGAGCAAGCCCAGACAAGAAAGGUGAUCAAUAUUGCAUUACCAGAACUGUAUUAACUCUGUUGCAAGAGGCAGGAUAAAGACUGUAAUUGAGUUAAGUCCCAAGGCCCAAGCUAAACCAUCACACAUACUAAUACAGUUACUGUGCAGAGAAACCCCUCCCUGCUGCAGCUUCUGUUUUUUUACUUGAGAGACUUUUUUUUUUUUAAGUAUUAUCUUCUGUUCACUGCUUUUGAAUUCUGGCUUCAAGCAGCUUUAUUCUGUUGUGUUAUUAGUUAAGUAUUUUUUCAGGCUAUUUUGUAUUCCUAUAAUUUAAUAUUUUAUCUACAUGCUACAUCUUGAAAUUGUCAUCACUGGAAUAUGCAUUUUUAUUUAUUGGCAAUUGACCCAGAGGGUCGCAAUACCAUGUGUACAGGUCUUAAGUAAAAGCUAGUCUAAUGGACUAAAACCAUAUUAUGUGGCUAUGUUCACAAGAAAGACACACACACUUCUAACUAUGAAAUAUAGACAUUAGGCAGAAUAGAAAUGGGUAGUGUGAACCGGCCAUAAUAAGAGGACACUGUAAAGGAGAACAAUGUUACAAAGCUUCAAUGUAAUUUCAGAACAAUGUGACACUGGUCUUUUGUGCAUGAUAUUGCACAUCAAAUGUUUUUGUUGUGUGUUUAUUUGAAAAAAAUUCUCUUUUUAUAAUUAAAUUUUAUUGGUCUGCACAUAAUAAAGUGUUUUUCAUCAGAUCUUU